AUGACACCGCCUCAGCGAAGCGAUAGCAACUGUAUCGCAGAGGAUGAUGAAACCGGCAGCUUGAGAGCGACGGGUCAUGCUCAUCAUCUUUUCCAUAGCAGUCGGGGUAGAGUUGUCGGUUUCUCUAUAGCUGCUCAUUUUAUCGGUACAACUCAGAUAUUUCAGGCACUAGUUCUCCACACUACUCUGCCUCAAGACGUCGGUAAUACUCCGGUGAAACCGCUAUGUAAAGGCGGCACAUAUGAUGAGGAGUACAUUCAUGACUACGUCGUCCAAUCCAUCAACGGUCACCGCUAUAAACUGUUAAGAGGAACUGAACUAAAUGGACCGUGGAAUGGAAAAGGAUAUGGAAAGAAGUUCCCGCUAGCAAAAACCAUGAAUAAAUUAGAGUACAACUGCAACCUCGAAAAGAAGGCUUUUGCUCUGUUGGAUAAGUCGUGUUCAACGAACACUCCUACCGGUCCAAAUGGAACGGCAGCCUUAUUCUACCACAUUGAUAUAGACUUCGACGAUCCUGAACUGUUCUCAGCUAUUUGGGAAUGGAGUGAGAAGAUCCGUGAAUUUGCGGUUAGUGAUGACGCUAUUACCAAGAAGCAAGUUGUGUACAAGGACAAGGACAGGAAUUUGUAUGAGUAUUUGAACCUAAUGAGAACAGCCAUCUCUAAAAUUGGAUGUGCAGAUAUAACUUGCAGAAAUGGAGAUUUGAGAAAAUAUAGAGCGGUUUGCCUGAUCAAUAAAGAUCCCCUCAAGGAUGGUGAUGUCGUCUUCAAAGCUGGAUUAGGCGGUUGCAAAAAUGGGGAGACGUGCCGAAAUGGGGUCUGCGAUGAGUUCGGAUUAUGUGAUUUGAGCAAAAAGGCUCCGUGA